AAUAGUUAACUAUGGCUUAACAAGUAGCUUUAAGACAAAGUAAAAAGAAGAAUAAAUGUUUAUCGUCCGGAUUUCUUGAAAAAACCGUGCGGGCGAGUUAAUUUUUGUUGUCGAUUUUUUGUUGCUUUUAUAAUUUUUAAGACGAUACGUAAGCUUAAGUUAAGUUAAGCUUAUGUUUAAUGGCAACUGGGCACAUAAACGUAAAUGACUCUCUGUAGACUUUUACAAUUGGCUAUAGCCAUAUAUUUUAAACGCAAAACAAUCACUGGCUCAAUCCAUAUCUUACAAAUUUAUAAAAGGGAUGUGGUCCUCCCAGUCCCAGUCCUCCAUAACAAGAUCGACUUCACCUCAACAAAAGAGAUGAUAAUUUAAUUGUUUAAGGUCUCUUAUGAUUUGAAUGAAAAGAAAAGUAUGAGCUGAGGCUCAUAUAAUAUUGGCACACGCACUACAUGUAUGUAAUUUGUGGAUUACCUGUGGUAUUACUUCACAACCCAAUGCCUCAUGGGAUACUCGCAGGAUACUAGACUGUGACUCACCUCUUUCAUAAGAACUCUCGUCGAUAAAAAAAAGCAUGAACAGCUUGUUCUUUUCUUCUCUCAAGCCGUAGUUGGGCAGCMUAUGUUUUUGACAAUCAUUUUGGGAAAGACACAUGGAGAAGGGCUGAAAAAGUUCAAGAGGAGGCACAAAGUAAACUCCAAACAUUCAGGCUGGAUCCAUCAGAUCAUGAUGAUGAUAGAAUCAUAUCAACAUCCAAUAGUGCAAGAAGGAAUGCCUUAGCUGUAACACUGCAGCAAGCAAUGACCAGUCUACUAGAAAGCAAUGAUGUGGAUCAGCAACUCUUAGACUGCAACAUUCAAAUAACCAAUGUCAAAAUUGCUCAAGAUAUGGGUCAUGCGACAUUCUAUUGGUUAACAGACAAGAAAGAUCUAAAACACCAGGAUCAUAUAACUAAACUGCUUCAUAGAAAUGAGAAWAUUUUAAGGUUACUUUUGCCCAGUUACCACCAUCUAAAUGUCUCCCCUAGAGUCGUUUUCUCCCGUGAUAAGCAUGUGGAUUACCUUGCAAAUAUUGACGCUUUGUUGGACGCCUCRACGCAGGAAUCCCAAGCCGAGAGCUAAACCUGGCAUACUCUUUGAUUGUGAAUCUUUUGGGUCAAAGAUCAAUCCGUGUGAAAACUGCCCGAUACGUAUCACAAACAAACGUUCAAGAACGUUCACCUUGACCGUCAUGGCAGAAGGCGAAAGUCUGUGGUCAGGGGAGAUCGAAAAAAGUUUCCAAGAAGCUUUGGCKAUUUAUCCGCCAUGUGGUCGACAAAAGAUCAUGUUAUCAACAAAGGACAAGAUGUAUGGUCGUAACGAGCUUAUCGCUCGCUACAUCUUGAUGAAAACGGGUAAAUUAAGAACUCGAAAACAGGUUGCCAGCCAUAUUCAAGUAUUAGCGAGGAAGAAGAUCCGUCAAAUUCAAUGUAAGAUCAAAGAUAAACAUCACUACGUGGCCAAUAGUGUUCAAGAGAUGAUGAAUAUGUCGUCUGCAGAAAUUCUUUCUCCCACUGUCCAACCAUCGACCUUGACAAACAAUGAUUCUUUAGAUGAGUUUCCUCCUAGUCUACAUCAUAUCCCAUCGUACCCUAGCGCGCAUUAUCCUCCGAGCUGUCAUCGGGAAGGAAUCAGUGAACGCAGUCCAAGAGAACGAAUUAUCGAGAAGGUAUCACCACAUUCCCCGCCGCGAUURCAGUUCCCUUCUGACGAUGAACCUCCCAUGCUCCAUCAACCGCGCGUACUUCCAAGUCUAGAAAGAGCAAGUUUACGAGAAAGUGCUUUCCAGAACACUUUGAAUUGGGAGGUUCCUGAUAUUACGGCUGAAAUACAAUCGAGUUACGCAACCACGAUGUCUAGUUCAAGCACUGUUGUAGGCCGCUCGUGGCAGCUGGAAAACGAGCGCAGSUUUGAGAUCAAAUGUAAAGAAGAAUAUAUGUCUCCUCCAGCCUGUUCUGCCRUUGGAUCGACGCAGACACGUGUACACGAAACGCCUUCAUUUGAGGACUAUCUUUCACUGGAUGCCGAUCAAACCUGCCCGUCUAUAGACUUCUCGGGGAUCUAAACACAGCCAUGUCUAUAUUGUAAGUUUAAUGACUUAAUUUUCCAUAAUGUUAGCUGGGUAGAGAUUUGUAAUAGACCUGUUAUAAACAGAACUCUUAACGACGACCARUAAAGACAAUUGAUUAUAUCGAGGGSGCCAGCCUGUUGAAUGCAACAUAUUUCACUAUAAGGUUGGCYAAGCGACAUUUUCUUAAAAGCCGGAGUUCUAUAUAUGGAGGUCUAUUUUACAUAAGUUUACCCAAUACCUUAUAUACAGAUUUAACAAUGCAUAUUAAUUCUUCUAUUUAUUAUCAACUAAUUCAAUAUAACAUGCUACGACGUGCCAUGUUCACUUAGCUUAUAUAUCAUAUAACAUAUAUUCUCGAUUUCGUUUGGAAAUUCUAAAACUCUCCUUUUUGGGAUAAUUCUCACUUUAACUAUCCCAAUCCCACUCGAACUCCAUGUCUUGUAUAAAUUCUGGUCUUCUCGGAUUGUUCUCAUGAAGUUCGAACCUCAGAGGUGUUCCCAUGGCACCAUGGUACAGUUCGUCUUAAAGAGAGCAUUCAGUARAUGUCUGAUAAUCUUUUCAAACAAUUCAAUCCCAGUUUUUUUUAAGUUAACAGUUACAAUGUGGAGGUAAACAAUUUGUUUAACUCGGUCCCAUGCUGGUGACCAUACGUGUGUACUGGAGACGUUGAAUCCCCGAUAUGUUAUUAGUUUAUAUUCAUUCGGCGACACGCUGUUGUAUCUAAUUUUUUAGACAUUCUUCAAUCACUACGGUAAGGGCGGAGUUAUAGCUAAGAACUCGUUAUUUGUAAAGUGCCCGAUGAUACACCAUAAUUGAGGAAAGUUCGAGAACAACCACUCUUAGGUUUGCGUCAAACCAGUCAUCGAAACACUGUAUAACAGAUUCGUAGCUUGUAAUAGCAUUAAUUCUUAUAAGACAACUAUAUUUCUUAUACUUUUAGGGCCUAUUCGUUUGAGCUUUAAAACGCGUUUUUUUUUAUAUUUUGAGUAGGGUUAAGUUUACAGGUUUUAUCGCUUGGCCAAUUUACCUGUUUGACGUGUCGGGCAUUCUGUCAGGAGCCAUGCUGGGCACACGAACAAGACAAUAGAACACUAGUAGGAACAAUUUGUAACUACUAUGGUUGUCAGCGUGUUUUUUUUUAUUUAUCUCUGUUUUCAGCACCUGUAUAGCUCGAGUUUGCCUCGGAAUCUCAAAGCGUGGAUUGAUUUAGGAAUSGCAUUCUUCUAAAUGGCUUUAAGACCUCACAGUUUUUUUUCUCCAGCGUAAAAAGUAUAUCUAAUUWAAUAAGUUGUUUGCUGUUUUCUCGAAUCCCAAUGAAGUUGGUUUUUGAUAGCCCAACCUGUUUAGUGUUGAUUUUUAAAAACCCGACGGCUUUGCUUGAUUUCACAAAAUAUCAGAAUUCAUGAAUUUUGUUUUAUUCUUGUGUUUUUGACUGGGUUCAUUGUCUUGUUUUUGUUUUUAUUGUUGUGGUCACCAAAGAAACCAAAUGGAAGUUCUUUAACGACGGAAGCUUGAAUUUUUAAGACAGCAAACCAAUAGGUAUAAAGAACUGAUUGCUCUCUGUCUAUUAGAUACACCUAUUUCAAAAAACAUUGUCUGGAAAACGGCGAUUGUCGAAGGGUAACCUGAAUAUCAGGCCUUCGAGGGAGYCUUCUCCUUCCGAUUUUUCUCCCCGAUACUCAGGUUAGUCGAAGGGAGAUUGCUUGACCAAAAYCAAUUUACAAUGUUUUGACAAAUAAAAUAAAUUUCACUUAUUGGAUUCAUCUUGCAUAGAAAUGGUGACUAAAUAGAGCCAAUGUAUACCACAGACUGUCUUACAGUACAAAUCACUUGUUAUUCAWUUAGCAAAACCCAUAACUACUUUCGGUCGUGCAAUCGCCGUUCGACAAUUGACAUUCGCCAUUUUAUCUGACAAUUUUUUUUUAAAUAAGUAUAUAUCAGUUUGCUUUUAAUGAUCAAAUGAUUUUAAUCAUUUAAAAAUACCUCUUUGCAUAAAUUCUGUUCYCGGUCAUUCUUCUACUUAUUUUUUAAGUCUUUCAUAUAGUAGCAUAGAAUUUCCCUUUCUAUGUACAAAGAAUUUAUAAUUUUUAAGCUGUUUUUAUCUUAUUUAAGCAUGAAGAUAAUUUUCCGUAGUCCAGUCCCAGACCCUUUUACCGGCUCCAUUGAUCUCAUCAAUCGAGUGGGAUAACAGGAGACUGGGACUGGACUAAAAGUAUCCAUGCUGGCAUGGGCACGUAAAGUUGAGUCUAUGUAAAUUUGUGCUAGGGUUAAGCCUCGUUCACACUAACAACGCAAGCGCAAACCAAAAAUGUCAUACGUCAUAAUGAAUAAUAAUUUUAUUUCUUUUUCCUGCGUGCUUUGCUUUGAUCAUAGAAUCGAAGUGCAACCCAUGCGCAUGUCAGGUGACCAAUCGGACCAAUCAGAACCGUGCGUUGCCAUUCGUCCUCCUCCUUAGAGGAAUUCGCUAUGAAUUACCCCUUGUGUUUGUGCUUGCGUCGCUAGUGAAGACCAGACUAUAGAUGAAAUACCUUUAMUUGAUACUUUUUCCAAGGAAUAAUAUUAUAGCAAAGGAUAAACUUCCGUGAUAKAUCGGUGCUUGAAAUAAAGCACACAGAAAUAUUGAAGUAUUGCGACUGCAUCUGUCUUCAGCGGCCAAUGAACACAACAUUAUAGCAGUUAAUCUUAAAACGUAGCAGUUCGUUAAUUAUCCACUUCCUUCGAUAAAUUAUCUAUUGAAUUGUCACAAAAGGCCUUGUUUAAAUGUCGAAUCUCUCAUUUGCGUGAUUCAGUGCCAUGAGAUCUUAACAUUAGAGUUAGCUUUCCUACCAUUUCCGCACAUUGAUAGGCCUACUCGUGUACAAAAGAAUAACGGAUUGUGGUCUCGCUUUAGUACAAAGUUUUGACAUAAUAUUUUGCCACAUAAACAAAAGGUGUUUGUACCGAUCCUAGACUAUAAUGCAACGCGAAAUGCUAUUUAAUAAAAGGUAUCUCCAGAAAAAAUUAAAACACAAAGAACAAAAAAAAUGUCUAAACAAUAGCCUUACAAAUUUGAAUUUUUGCCGAUUGGAUGCUCAGCCUGUACUUUCCCAGAAUGCUAAAACAUUGGUUUGGAAUAGCAUGCUUAGCCUCAAAUCAUAGAAAUUCAGAUUGGUAGGGCUAUUGUUAUGAAUACAUUUUGGUGCGCAAGAGAGUCGGCUGUCAAAUCAGUAAUUAUCAGCGGUCACUCGAUUUGGAAAGAGACUUAUUCAGUGCAAAUGACGGCAAUCUCUCUUGUGUUAAUAUCUCAUUUGUAUUGAAUCAGAUCUGACAUAUUCAGAGGUCCUGGUUACUGUAAAAAUACAURCUUGUGAACGAGGCCUAAAAUAGUACCGCCAAUAAUGGGAACAGGGAAAUAAGGAAAUAUAUAUUUUCAUAAAUAUAGUUUUUGCAUUUAGAGUCUGAAGCUCGUGAUUCAUACAAUACAAUUGAAACGAAAAUWUGCCAAAUAGUGCAUUCAGUACCUGUUAAAUUACUCAGUGAUAUACUUCCUUAGAUUCAUUUUACACUCUUUGAAGUGGCUGGACCAUUAGCACUUUUUAAAAGAUUUCACGCCGAGAAUUGAUUURAGCUUUUAUGUUUCUUUGAAAUAAAGAAASGAAAUUAUCCACAAUACCUAGAAAUUGACWCGGCAUGAARUCACAAUUGUGGCAAUGUGUACUGGCGUUAUCUUUAUACAGAAAAGCAUGACGGGAGAUGUASUUCUCGAAUUUUUGUGUUUUUUAUUCUUGGAAAUGAUCUUCCGAAUCAGUUUCUUUGUCUUUUACAGAAACGGAAAAAUUAAUUGCAUCUUUACAAUGAAAACACGAAAAAAGAUUUUGURGAGUAUUUUAACAAAAAAGCASRAGGACUACAUGUACCGUGAUGCUUUGCUCGAUAAARUUUCGACGCCUCAUAUUACAUAUUAGCAUGCAGACUUCGUUUCUAAUGUAAGCACUGUAUAAACGAUGUAAAAAUUGUUUUUUUUAUUAUGUAGGCAUGCAGUAAUUGCGCUUUUUGUUAUUUUAGAAUGCUGCGCAACUAUUUAUUCAUUAUGUAUCAUUAUUAUUCACAUUGUUAUCAAAGAAA